CGCUGCAGCCUGGGACGGCUGUGCCCGCUGCCGCCGCAGUCUGCGUGGCUCCUCGCGCUCCGCCGGCCAUCCCGCGGGGUGAAGGCCAUGGACGUCAACCAGCCCAAGCAGGAACAUUUGCUGGCUCUGAAAGUGAUGAGGCUAACCAAACCUACCUUGUUCACUAAUAUUCCGGUGACAUGUGAAGAAAGAGAUUUGCCAGGUAAUCUAUUUAACCAGCUCAUGAAAGAUGAUCCAUCUACUGUAAAGGGGGCUGAAACUUUGAUGUUAGGAGAAAUGCUGACUUUGCCUCAAAAUUUUGGAAAUAUAUUCCUGGGAGAGACAUUUUCCAGUUACAUUAGUGUGCACAAUGAUAGCAAUCAAGUUGUUAAGGACAUACUGGUAAAGGCUGAUCUUCAGACGAGUUCUCAGCGCUUGAACCUUUCAGCUUCUAGUGCUGCAGUAGCAGAACUUAAACCUGACUGUUGCAUUGAUGACGUGAUCCAUCAUGAAGUAAAGGAGAUAGGAACACACAUCUUAGUUUGUGCAGUAAGUUAUACUACACAGACUGGAGAGAAGAUGUACUUCAGAAAAUUCUUCAAAUUUCAGGUUCUUAAACCACUAGAUGUGAAAACCAAAUUCUACAAUGCAGAGAGUGACCUCAGUUCUGUGACAGAUGAAGUGUUUCUGGAAGCUCAAAUUCAGAAUAUCACUACCUCUCCAAUGUUUAUGGAGAAGGUUUCUUUAGAGCCAUCUAUGAUGUACAAUGUUGCAGAACUGAACACAGUUGACACAGCAGGGGAAAGUGAGUCUACUUUUGGCGCAAGGACUUAUUUGCAACCUAUGGAUACACGUCAAUACUUGUACUGUCUAAAACCAAAGCAAGAAUUUGCAGAGAAAGCUGGAGUAAUAAAAGGUGUAACAGUGAUUGGUAAAUUAGACAUUGUAUGGAAAACUAAUCUGGGUGAACGAGGAAGGCUGCAAACUAGCCAGCUCCAAAGAAUGGCUCCUGGUUAUGGUGAUGUAAGGCUUUCAUUGGAGACAAUACCAGAUACUGUAAAUUUGGAAGAACCUUUUGACAUUACAUGUAAAAUAACAAAUUGCAGCAGUGAAAGGACUAUGGAUCUGGUUUUAGAAAUGUGCAAUACUAAUUCCAUCCACUGGUGUGGAGUUUCAGGAAGGCAACUUGGGAAGCUGCACCCAAGUUCAUCACUCCAUCUUGCACUUACAUUGUUGUCUUCAGUGCAGGGAUUGCAGAGUGUCUCCGGCCUAAGACUCACAGACACAUUUUUGAAGAGAACAUACGAGUAUGAUGAUAUUGCACAAGUCUGUGUAGUUUCUUCAGAAAACAAGCAAAGCUGAAGAAAAAAAUGUGUAGUUUUAGUGGGGUUUUUUUUGACCAACUUCUUGAUGUUUUUGCAGUCAAUUGUUCUAAAAUGAGUACAAACAAAAUCAAAUCCCUAUAUAGCUGUAAAUGUGAUAAUAAUUAUUUAAUUUCUCUGAGCAUUUCUUGAAUGUUUUAAAAUAUUUUAAAACAUGCAUAUGCAUUUUAUCUACUAAAAAUAAAACCUUUGAAAAAAGUGUA